GAGACAGCGGGUAGUGUUUGAAGAUGGCCCUCAACUACGUGUCCAUGUCUGCCGGCGAUCAAGGAAGCAGGGUGGCCUGCCGCUCUUACCACGGCGACCUCAGCUGGUCGGCCUCCGCGUUAGCAGUGUUCUCCGGAGACAGCUUGCUCGCUACCGGCCCCGAAGCGAUUCACCCAGAACUUACUCCUAGGCAGGCGGUGCGGCCCAGCGUUCGGACCGAGAGCCGUCGGGCGAAGGGCGGCAGCUGGUGUCCUACGCGCUUUAUAAAGGGAAGGCACCCUGAUGGGCGGGUCCGAAGCUGUCAGGCGAGAUUCUCACCUUACCCGACCCCUGGGCUUAAACUCGAGCUCCUAAGGAGCGGCUGCUGCAGCAUGUGAUUGCGCCUGGAGGUGUGAUCGCAGCCCUUCUUGCGUCUUCAAAUGAGCGUCUCCCUCCGCCCCUUAAUUAGCUCGUUAACAAGGCCUCUCUCAAGUCCU